CGCCGCGUGUGUCAUCGAGGGAUGGCCAAAAACAGGGAAGCUGAGCCCUCCACAGAGGAAUAUAAGUCCCCCUUCUUCUUCCUCCUUGGGGGACUCGCCUCUGGACCUCGCCAUCACUGCAACAACAACACUUGACCACAAGCCACCAAUCAACAAAGAACACCAAUUCAUCAACAACAACUCGACAGCAGCACAAUAAGCCAUCAGCAUGUCCGGCAUCGUGCACAAGAUCAAGGAGGCCGUCCACAGCGACAAGGGCCAGCAGGGAGCCCCGGAGGGCACCUACGGUCCCCACAGCAGCCGUACCGCCAACGCCGCUGACCCCCGUGUCGACUCUGACCGCGACAACUCGACCACUCUCGGUACCGGCCGCACCGCCGGCCAGGGAGAAUAUGGUAGCACUGGCUACGGCACCGGUACUGGUUACGGCACCGGCACCGGCACCGGCACCGCCGAGGGUACCUAUGGCCCUCACAGCUCUCGUGUGGCCAACGCCGCCGACCCCCGUGUUGACUCUGACCGCGAUAACUCGGCCACUAUUGGGACCGGCCGCACCGCCGGCCAGGGAGAAUAUGGUAGCACUGGCUACGGCACCGGUACUGGCUACGGCACUGGCACCGGCACCGGCACCGCCGAGGGUACCUAUGGCCCUCACAGCUCUCGUGUGGCCAACGCCGCCGACCCCCGUGUUGACUCUGACCGCGAUAACUCGGCCACUAUCGGCACUGGCUAUGGCAGCACCGGCAGCACCGGCACGACCGGCUACGGAUCGGGCCAAUACGCCAGCGGCGGUGCCGGCUCUGGCGUCACCGGCGUGACCGGCACUCACGGUGCGGCCGAGGGCACCUACGGCCCUCACAGCAGCCGCAUUGCCAACGCGGCCGACCCGCGCGUCGAUUCGGACCGUGACGGCCGCGGUGCCAUCGGCACCGGUCCCGGCCCGGCCCCCAACACGGCCGGCCCGCACAAGAGCGACGUGGUGAACAAGAUGGACCCCCGCGUUGACUCGGAUCUCGACGGCAGCCGGACCGUCGGGGGCAACAGGACCUUCCAAUCCGGCGCGGCCUCGACAUACCGCGACCCCACUGAUGCCGCCCAGGUCCCUCCUUCAGUGCUGAGGCGGCACAUCGGGGACCCGUCGAUCGAGCACGGCGAUGUCGCGCACCAUCGAGAGAGGCGCAACAGCGUCAAGACGUACCAGGAGACCUUCAGCGGUAUCUGAUCUCGUCUUCUUGUUUUGCUCGGAUGGACUGGAAUCAACGGGCAGAGUGCAUCACCUUUCCUUUUUCCUUUCUCCCUUGGUUUGAGUUUGUUGCACGAUGCUGCAACAUUAUCUGUCAGAUACCAGACAACUCCGCUGGUGCU